ACCGUUUCCAACAAAAAUGGUGGUGAAUUAUUGUUGAAUUUUAUGUUUUAGACUACAUGUGAAUAACUAAACGCAUCUACAUGUAGACCGAUAUUGUGGAAAUACUCAUAUUUAUGGUUGUGAACAGUGUGCAGAAGACUUCAAAUCCUAUAUGUAUGAUGUGGACUCUGUGAAUAGAAAUCCUCAGGUACCUGUAGACUAGAUCCACCUCUUGUGACGUGAUGACCAAGACAAAGGAUGACGUGGAUGCUGACUUACCUGACACAGACCAGGCCAGCGAGUACUACGCUCUCUACGAACCCAAAGAAAUUCUUGGAAGAGGCAUCAGUAGUACUGUACGGCGUUGUGUGGAGAAGAAGACAGGAAAGGAAUAUGCCGUUAAAAUUAUUGAUGUCAGCGGAGAGAAGGGUGAAGAUUACCAGGUGGAACAGACGAAGAAGGACACACUGCGGGAAAUAAAUAUUCUCCGCAUGUGUGAAAGUCAUGAGAACAUCAUUGAACUGCACGAUUACUUUGAAAGUGCAGCAUUCAUAUUUUUAGUCUUUGAAUUAUGUAAAAUGGGUGAACUUUUUGAUUAUUUAACAGAAGUUGUAUCACUGUCAGAAAAAAGAACCAGGAUAAUUAUGCGACAAUUAAUGGAAGCAGUUGACUUCAUUCACACAAAAAGUAUAGUUCACAGAGAUUUAAAGCCUGAAAAUAUACUGCUGGAUGACAACAUGAAUAUCAAGGUAUCGGAUUUUGGCUUUGCCACUGUGUUGACAGAGGAUGAGGAGUUGUUAGAGCUUUGUGGAACCCCAGGCUAUCUGGCCCCUGAGGUCCUGGCUGUUUCCAUGUAUGACAAUGUGCCAGGCUAUGGGAAGGCUGUGGAUCUGUGGGCUUGUGGAGUAAUAAUGUAUACGCUACUGUGUGGCUCCCCUCCAUUCUGGCACAGGAAGCAGAUGCUGAUGAUCCGAGCCAUCAUGCAGGGUAGCUACUCGUUCAGUAGUCCAGAGUGGGAUGAAGUCUCAGAAACACCUAAAGAUCUGAUUAAAAAAAUGCUUGUUGUUGAUCCAAAUGAACGAAUCACCGCUAAAGAAGCACUAGCUCACCCAUUUUUCAGAAGAGAGCUGGUUCCUGCCAAAAAAUUUAUGGCAAAGAAAGUAUUUGUGUCUGCCAUUUGGUGUGUACGAUUUUUUUACCGUCUGCAGUAUUUUUACCGCCACCCACCACCGAUCUCGUUUGAAACGGUGACCACCAAUCCGUACAGCGUGAAGCUGAUGCGUAAACUCAUUGACGGUUGUGCGUUCGGCAUGUACGGACACUGGGUGAAAAGAGGCGACAAUCAGAAUCGCGCGGCCCUCUUCGAACACACGUUACGGGAGGACUGGAAGUGUUCCACACCAACAUAACGGACGUGGUGAUUAGAACAACAUUUCCGAACAUCGUUGACUGGAGUUCUGAGUGAUUGGAGGCGUUACAGCAUCGCUCAUGUGAUGGAUCAAGUGCACGUUUCACAGUCGAUUAAACAAGAAUACAAUACAGAGAUAUGUUUCCCUUUCCGGUUCCGUGGUCCUUGAUGCAUGAAUAUAAAUAAAGAGUUUGCUGUUCUAUUCAGUUUACAUUAUGCUCUUUAUAUGCAGAGAUUAACAACGAUAUAUUUAAUUAAUACAGAAAUUUUUUUUUUUAGACAAGCUAUUUUUAUUUUCAAGAUAUUUUACAAGAAGCAUUGAAACAAUGUUAAAAUGUAUAACACUUUAAUUAUUUUGUUACACCCAUUUACUUCAAAAUUAGAUUGCCGACUUUCCUUUUUAGUUUUUUUUUUUCAAUCCCAUUUUUUUAAAGCAUAGUUUAAUUUUGUUUUUGAUACCUACUGAUUGACCAAUAAUUGUAAAAUAAUGCUAUUUUUCACCGGAUGGUUAGAGAUAUAAAUAAAAUAACUGCUUCAUAAUUUCAGUAAUAACAGUCGUGGUGUUUUAGCACAAAUAGGUUUUUAGCUUGGCACUGUAAAUUAGGGUAGUUUUGUAUUUGGCUUGGAAUAUGUGAUUUUUUUAUUUAUUCUGUGGGAUAUUCAGUUUUGAAGAAAAAGAAAAAAAAACCCUCCAAAAACACCAGUAUGUUGCUAGAGCCUUUCUGUAUUGUGUUUUGUUUUUUGGUGUGGUUUUUGCUGGUUUAAAUUUUCAUCUUUUUGUCAUAGUCGGAAUAAUCUUGAGUGCCAAUGGUGUUAUUUGGAAAUCUCACACUUUGUUAAUUAGAGAGUGAACAUUUGUGUGUGACAUUGAUGUCAUUGCCUCCAUGUACACUAAAAUACGAAAGAGGCAAGAACUAUGGCUAUUGAAUUUUCCAGUUGAAUUUAAGUUCAUAAUAUAUAUAAUUGAGUGCUAUUUCAUUUUAUCAGUUAAGCAUAUUUUAUUCGUUUCAUCAUCAGAAAAUACCAAAAAUUAAUUCUUAAUUUCAUUUUUUUUUCAAUUUAUUUUCUGCAUGUAUCCACUUAAAGAUCAAGUAUGUUGUCUUGGGCACACCCCUAAGGUCUCUGAGCUUUCUGAUGAAAAUGUUCGUUGUUAGAGAUUAGUGAGAGAGAAAGUUGUACACAUUGUGUAGUCGACUUAAACAUCUGCAUUGAGAACUCUUCCCACUGAACUGUUAAAACUCACUUCGGGAUAAAAUCAAGCAUUUACUAGAUAGGGCCGAUAUUUUUAAAGCUAUCUUAAGAGGUACGAUGCAGAUAUCGUAAGCUAUCAUGUCACUAUGACAUUAACUGUUGACCUGUAUUUAUUUUGUGCAUGUCAAUUACCUUGUAAUGUGAAAAAAAUAUAACAAUAACAGUUCUCUCAAUAUUGGGACAUUUUAUACUGACGAUAUUCUGACAGUAAUUGUUUUGAAAUGCAUGCAGUAUUGAAUGGUGGUGUGUAUGUGUAACCUCCAGGCUCUAAAACAGUCAUCCAAAUAUGACCUCUAUGAGCAGGUGGCCUUUAUUGCAGUUAAAAUAUAUGAGGGAAUAUCUCUGAUCAGUCCUGCAUAGACAGGGGUUGUUAUACAAGAUGCUCAGUUGAUCAAAACGUCCCAUAAAACUGUGGUGCCAAAUAUUGGGGACUGUUUUUAAUCCCAUGCUGUGCCAAUUCCCUCGCUUGAACUUACUUCUGGACAUUUGUGAAUUAGAAUAAUUUACUUAAUAUACAGAUAUAUUGCUUCCCACAUUCCAUAAAAUCUAUAUGCAUGCAUUCUGUUUCGUAUUAGAAUAUAUAUCCAUGCAUUCUGUUGAAUAAUAAAAUCUUUAAUAAUAAUGCAUGCAUUCUUUUUAAUAACUCCAUUAAAAGAGAUGUUAAUAGGUUUUUGUUCAGAGAUAUUAAAUAUUUUAAUUGUUAAGUAACUUCCAUAUUAACACCCCAGUAUUACCAAUUAUUCAACAUCUUUUGCCAUUGAAAAACACGGAUGUAGCUAGAUUUAAGAUUUAUAUAUAAAUAUUGUCUAUUACCUUGAUGUUAAUGCUGUCCAUUACUUUGACAUAACAAUUUUUGUUUUUGAUAUCAACCCUAAACCACAGAAUUCCCAAAUCAAACCAUGUGAUAGAAGGAAUAUGAAAUGUUUGUAUAAAUAAAUGAUAUAUCGUGAGGUGGAAGGGAUAGGUGUGUAUGUUAAAAAUCAUAAUAUCAUUUUUCAUUAUUUGUAAACACUGCACUCCAGUUUACUUUUAGGUUUUUAUGUUAGCAAUAUUUCAGUUAAUAGUAUAAUCCACCACAGUAUCACAAAGUACAUUUAUUUGAUCUUUUAAAAACUUAAUAUUCAGGGCCCAAUUUCAGAAAACAUUGUAAGCCUAGUUUUGUACGUAAACGUAAAUCUACGACUAAAUCACAAUUCUUAUUACUAUUAUACAAUUUAUAGUACAACAAAUAUAGUUAGAAAUACACAUAUUUAAUUUUCUUUUGUCUUUAAAAUACUCCAUCUUCCAUAAUGAUAUAAUUUUCUGUGUGAAAUAGAUGCCAAGUUUACACAUCUAAACGCACGACCAGCAUAACUGCUAGUAGCAGACAUAAACUUCAAUGUUUAGUGAAAUAGGCCACAGUACCAUUAGAUUUAGACUGACCUGGUAGACCUAUCAUUAAUUUCUAUACAUGUAGUACCUUUUUGAAACUCCCUUAUUUAUUUGGACUGAAAUUGUGUUAAAUGGGUUUUAACAUUACAGGAAUGUGGUAAAUACUAGUACGUAUAUGAAUAUAACGAAUGAUUUUUUAAUUUUAUUAUUUUUUUUAAAUAUAAUGUGCUAUAAAUGUGUGUUGGUUUUAUGCAGCUGUCAUAUUGUGAUUCUCCUACUUCCCAAUGCUUCCAUGAUUGAAAAUCUCGGUGAAAUGUAAAUAUAUUAUAGAAGUUGAAACUAGUUAACUGCAAAAAAUGCCUUUGGAGUCAAAUGUGUAAUUACAAACAGAUGUGAAAUCACAAAUGUAUAUAUACAUGUAGUAUGCAGGCAUGAAUUUUUGAAUUUAAAAAAAAAAGGAUUCCACCAAAAUCAUCAAAAUGUAGUGUAGAUACUUUGGGAAUCCUUCUAAAUUAGCAGCCUUGUGUGUGUUUACACCUUCACUUUUCUCAAAUGGACUCUCCACAAUCGGCUGCCAUUGUAAGAUAUUUCAAACUAUAGAGCUAGUUUUAGCUUCAAAACACAUUAUCAGAAGACAAUAUUUCAAAAUCUUAGGUAACUGGAGGUCAGUUCACGUAAGUUUUACUUAGGUAACUGAUUGUUCGGUUACGUGAAUAUAGUUUUUGUAACAAACGAGUUAGGCCUAUCUAAUUCUAACACUUAACUAUACGGUUCUGUGCUACAUUGGUGGUUCAAAAAAACAUAAACUGAUUUUUACUUUCUUUACUGGUAGAUGGUACUUUUAAUUUUAGAAUGUAAUUUGUUCACCACAUAACCGAUUGGCGGCUCUCAUGAUUUUAAAGUUGCGUAACCAACACGUGAACAGAAUAACGGUUCUUGUGAAAUAUUGUGCCAUGAUUUUUUUAUUUAUUUAAUAUGUAAUUUUUGUUAUUAAAACAUCUAUUAUGGUAGUCGGGCACAUCUUACAAUGGCAACAAACUCGAGACCGUCUCUUUAUAUAUUGUUUUUAAAAUGUAAUAUUAACCAUUUCAAAACCUGUGAAACCACAAUAUUAUAGAAAUCAAAAUUGCACAUUCACUUCAACACUGUCAGAUUAAGCUGCAACUUCCCCAGAAAAAGCGAGUGAUUAAUCCCGCAUUCCUCCACUCACCUGGAAUGUUUUAGGAUUGCGGCAUAUUGAUCAUCUUGCAAUAAAAAAUUUAAUUUUUAUUUAAAACUUUCAUCCGAUUGCUCUCUAGCACCAUUUCAAAAGUGUAUUCUCCACCUCUCCUCGAUUUUGUACAUGGUGAAAACUGUAUAUUUGUUUUUAGUUUGGUGUUUUGCUGGUAUACAUAUUAGUUAAACCUGUUAAGCAUCCGACUGUCUUAAGAUACAAUGGGUAACAGUGUCGAUACUAGGAUGUUUUCUUUCUGUGCCAAUCUCACAAGUGGUGUAUUAAAGGCUGUGGUAGAUAGGAUACUGCAUAUGAAAGAUAUCUUUUUGCUGCUCUUCAGUAGGGGUAGUGUGUGACAGCAGCUGGUUUCGUCUCACUCAAAACCAAGUGUUCAAAUAAUCAUUUGUUAAGACACCAAAUAGCCAUAGAUUAAAAUGUGCUGAGGUGUCAUAAAACAAUAUUCUGUUCCUUUACUAUUCUUCCAAAUCUAAUAUAGUAACCACCUCUGUUAAAGAGAUGUUUUCUGUUGGUUUUUUAAAAAAUAUAUAUUCCUUUGAUGGAAGCUAACAGGUUUGACUAUUAAAAAUCAAAUAAAAGGUUGUUUAUUAGUGAAUAUUUAUGGUGUUAGGAGUGUGUUAUGGGUACUGAUGACUUUUAUAAAGUCCAUGCCACAAAUCUCAAUUAUUUCAGCAAUCAUGCAGUUUGAUUGUUAAAAAAACAUUUAUGUGCGGAGAUGACAAUGAAUUUGGUGUUUAAUAAUGUACAACAAUGUCAGCAAGGUACAGUUUGAUCACACAUACGUGUUGCAAUCUUACAGGCUUAGCCAAUCAGAAUCAAUGUAAUAUCAACAUCCUUGUGAUACAUUUAGCCAAUCAGAUUCCAUGUAAUAAGAAUGUCCUGAAUAAUACUCGGAAGUAUAAAAUCUCAUAUUGUGGUGUACAUCCUAUAAUUAGAAAUGGCACACCAAAAUGACAUGACACUAUUACUAGUCAUUUUCAGUUCAGUAAUGGUAAAUACAUGUAAAACAUACGUCUGUUAAAUCCCUUACAAAUGCUAAAUCUUAAUUUUAAUUCCUGUUUCUUAUAGCCUAUGUAUAUGUAAAAUAGAGUAGCCAUGGUAACAGAAUGGCAACUGAAAAAUGCACAAUUGGCAAGUGCCAAAGUUUAGUUUUUUGCUUUAAAUGAGUAAAAUUUAAAUAGAAAUUUCUUUGUAGCUUUAGUAUUUUCAAAACCUUUUGCCUUUGUAAAAGGAAAUUGUUGUUAGAACAAAUGCGUCAUUUGUUGUGAAGCUUACGGAUACUGCUUGAUUUUAGUUGGCAUAAGAGUUGUAGGAAUAAUGCUCGAGUUUUUAGUUGACAGAGUUGUAGUAUGUAUUGUAAAUUAUUGGGUUGUUUUAUUUCUGUUCCAUUUUACCAUUUAAUAAUGGAAUAUUGCAUUUGACAUCGAUAUAUCUUUUGUAAAAUAUAAUGUUUUAACUUUGUUUUAUCUUUAAAUAAAUCUGAAAUGUG